UGCGGGGCUCAGGGGCUGAGCGGAGCUGCAGGAAAGCCGUGGUGGUUUGAAAGCGAAAGCUGCCCGUGCUCUGGGAGCCUUUGGGAGGCUUUGGGAGGUUGGGUGCCGCUGUGAGGCGGGAGCAGGCAGGGAUGUAAACAGCCGGGGGCGAGUCUUUAUCAUCACAGAAAAAUUCAGCGGGAGGGGUGGAUGCUGCUGGGCAGAGGAAACGCCAGGCAGCGCUCCCGACAGCUCGUGGGGAGGUGGAGGGUGUUAUUUGGAGUACGAGGAUUUCCAGGAUGCGCUCCCUUCAUAACGGAGCGUUGCUCAAGGCUCGGUAGCUGGGAAGAACUCGGCAAAUUAAAUCCUGCUCCGACAAGUUUUGGAGGAGCUGAAGUAAACACCGCUCCCUUUCCUGCCUCGUGCUUGGCUGCUCCCCGCUGCUUCCGACAUCAUCAUCCCCUUCAUCAUCCGCCUUUCCCGCAGGAAUUCCUCUCCUGGGAGCCGGAGCUGAGCCCCCUCCCCUGCCCUGGCACUGAGCAAAACUUCCUCUCCUUCCCAAAGGGAAUUUUGCUCAGCGAGGACACCGAGUUUGGCCUCAUCAUGGCCACGGUGGUGACGGAGAAGCUCAGCCGGCUCUUCAUCAACGUCAGGCAGCUCCCUCAGCUGCUGGGGCCGCUGUCCCCGGGCACGGUGAGCAGCGCCGAGGUGCCGCCGGUGUUCUGGAAGCCCUACAUCCACGGCGGCUACCGGCCCGUGCGCCAGACCUGGCGUUACUACUUCUCCACGCUCUUCCAGCAGCACAACGAGGCCAUCAACGUCUGGUCACACCUGGCGGCCGCCCUGGGGCUGCUGCUGCGCCUGCAGCACCUCUGGCAGCGCGUGGACUUCGGGCAGGACGCGCACGCCCGGCCCCUGCUCAUCAUCCUGGCCGCCGCCAUCACCUACCUGACCUUCAGCAGCCUCGCCCACCUGCUGCAGGCCAAGUCCGAGUUCUGGCACUACGGCUUCUUCUUCAUGGACUACGUGGGGGUGGCCGUGUACCAGUACGGCAGCGCCCUGGGCCACUUCUACUACGCCAUCGAGCCGGGCUGGCACCGGCGGGUGCAGAGCUUCUUCCUGCCGCUGGCGGCGGCGCUGGCCUGGCUGUCCUGCGCCGGUUCCUGCUACGCCAAGUUCCGCUUCCACCCGUCCUGCCCCCUGCCCAGCCGCCUGUGCCAGGAGCUGCCCUCGGGGCUGGCCUACCUGCUGGACAUCAGCCCCGUCAUCCAUCGCAUCUGCACCGCCGCGCGCCCCGACCCCGCCCUGCUCUACCACAAGUGCCAGGUGCUCUUCUUCCUCGUCGGGGCCUUCUUCUUCUCCCAUCCCUACCCCGAGAAGUGGUUCCCCGGGAAGUGUCACUUCGUGGGGCAGAGCCACCAGAUCUUCCACGUGUUCCUGGUGCUCUGCACGCUGGCGCAGAUCGAGGCCGUGGUGCUGGACUAUGAGUCCAGGAGGGAGAUCUACUCCUCCCUGCAGCGGGGCCUGGCUCACGACUUCUCUGCCCUGUUCCUCGUCACCGUCACCUGCUCUGUCCUCACCGCCACCUACAUGGCCCAGAGGGUGAAGAACAAGCUGGGCCUCAAGGAAGAGUAAAGUGGGCUCAGCCCAACUCCAGCCCCAAGCCCCCAGAUGCUGCUUCAUGAACUCUUACUCAGCAAGUGCUUUCUCUAGGCAAUCAAAGAGCUUUUUAUGCUUUUUUAAUCCAGCCUAAGUUCCAGCUUGCUCGUAGAAUGGUACAUGGGUUCCGUUCACCUCUGAAUAAACAGUUGGAACAAAG